AUGCUGCAAAAUAUCCGACGUUUGGGAGCAAGUGCGAAUUUAUUUCUUCAUAAUUUAUUAAUUAAAACUUGCUUUUUCAAAAUUGAUAGACAUAUUACGCAAUACAAUAAAAUUGCGAAAAUUGAUAAUCGAAAAACAGUAAAGUUGAAGAUGGUUGAUGAUAUAGCAGUUGUGAAAAUUGAUAUUCCAUAUUCUAGGGAAAAUAUUCUGAAUGAAGAGAUGAUAGAUGAUUUGAAAUAUUUUUUGCAACAUAUUGAAUCUGAUGCUUCUGUCAAAGGUGCAGUGAUAAUAUCUGGGAAACCAAAUUCGUUCAUCGCAGGUGCAGAUAUUAAAAUUUUUUCAAAGUGUAAAACUGCUGCUGAAUCUAGACAACUCUCAGCAAAUGCGCAGCAAGAUUUUUUGUGCAUAGAAAAUAGUGAAAAACCGAUCGUCGCAGCUGUUAUGGGUACCUGUAUGGGUGGAGGUUUGGAACUUAUACUCUCAUGUCAUUACCGAAUCGCGAUGAAUGUCUCAAAAACGCAAUUUGCGUUGCCAGAGGUAAAAUUAGGCUUACUUCCUGGUGCAGGUGGUACCCAGCGUUUGCCAAAACUGGUAUCAAUUACUGAAGCUCUUAAUAUAAUGCUUACUGGUAAAACAUUGCCAACUAUGAAAGCUAAGAAAAUAGGUUUAAUUGAUCAUGUUGUGCAACCUAUUGGUGCUGGAAUAAUGUCUGCAGAAGAGAACAAUUAUUCAUAUCUGGAAAAGAUAGCUGUUGAGGUGGCACAACAGCUAUCUGCUGGUAUGUUAAAAGUGGAUCGUAAAGGAUCGUACUGGAAUCAAGCCAUGAACAUUAUAUUGACGAAAACACCGCUUUUCAAACAUUUUGUUUUGAGAAAAGCUCGCGAAAAUGUUAUGAAGCUUACGUCCGGCAAUUAUCCAGCACCGUUAAAAAUAUUAGAUGUUGUGGAAACUGGUGUUGUAAAAGGGCCUACUGAGGGUUACUUGGAAGAAUCAGAGGCUUUCGGUAAUCUUUCGCAAACAACACAAAGUAAAGCUUUGAUUGGUAUCUUCAACGGUAGAACAGAAUGUAAAAAAAAUAAGUAUGGGGAGGCACGAAAAGUCAAAAAUUUGGCUAUUAUUGGUAGCGGUUUGAUGGGCGCGGGAAUCGCAAGUGUGUCAAUUGACAAAGAAAUUAAAACAUAUUUGGUUGACAUAAAUAAUGCGAGCUUGGCGCGUGGCCAGAACCAAAUCUACAAGCACUACGAUGGGCUAGUAAAAAAACGGAAAAUAACAGAUUUUCAGAAACAUAAAUAUAUGUCUACCCUGAAAUCGACACUCUCAUACAAUGAUUUACAUGACUGCGACUUGGCUAUUGAAGCCGUUUUUGAAGAGUUGCCUUUAAAACAUAAAGUAAUCAAAGAGCUGGAAUCAGUUGUACCAGAUCACUGCAUUAUCGCGUCAAACACCUCUGCACUUCCGAUAUCACAGAUCGCAUCCGUGUCAAAAUGCCCUGAACGUAUUAUUGGAAUGCAUUAUUUUUCGCCAGUUGAAAAGAUGGAACUGCUCGAAGUGAUAAAAACUGAAAAAACUAGCAAGGAAGCUAUUGCCACAGCUACGCAGUUGGGAUUAACUCAAAAGAAGCUAGUAGUAGUAGUUAAGGAUUGUCCAGGUUUUUUUGUCGUGCGUUGUCUGGCCACAAUUAUGAGUGAAGUUUCUCGUUUACUACAAGAAGGUAUGCUACCAAAUGAAAUUGAUAGAAUGAUGGUAGAACAUGGUUUUCCUGUGGGGGCAGUGACUCUGAUAGAUGAAGUAGGUAUCGAUGUGGCACAGCAUGUCGCAAAAUUCUUAGGAAAGGCCUUAGGUCCACGAAUAAGUGGCGGUUCAAUUGAACUGCUGGAAGAAAUGGUAGCGUCAGGUUUCAGAGGUCGAAAAUCAGGCAAAGGGUACUUCAUAUAUAGAGAUUCAGAGAAAAUUGGUAUGUUCGGUACCAAAAAGACGUUGAAUAAUGCAGCAAUUAAGAUUCUUGAGAAAUAUCGACUGACUCUUUUCCCUGCGGUAAGCAGUUCUGAAGAUCGUUAUCUUAGAGUACUGUGUCGUUAUGUUAAUGAAUCCGCUAUAUGUCUUGAAGAAGGUGUAAUAUCAUCUCCGCAAGACGGUGAUAUAGCAUCAGUUUUCGGUAUUGGUUUUCCACCAUUUUGGGGUGGCCCAUUUCGUUUUAUCGAUACUUAUGGUGCUGAUAAGCUCAUAAAUAAUAUGUUAAGAUAUGCGGAAGCGUAUUCAUCAGACCAGUUUAAACCAGCGCAAAUUAUUGUCGAUCAUGCCAAAGAAAGAACCAAGUUUUAUUCGUCGUAA